ACAUAUCUACGUCAGAUUGCAACGUCACGUCAUUCAAACAAAAACAUUACUUUCACUGCACAACACGUCUUUUCCAAAAAAAUGGAAGAAAACCAAACAAGUAAACUUCGACGAGUUGUAAAAUAUCGUCGAUGGCAUUGUUCAAUGUGUGAUAUAUUUACUAAUUCCUAUAACCAGUUUAAUCAACACCUCGAGGGAGUUGGACAUCGGCACAAAAUAAUGAGCAGAAGUAAUAAGAGUGACAUCAAACAUGAAGAACCUGAAUGUGAUAUUGGGUUCUAUAUUUUAGCAUUUAUUCAAGUGAUUAUAACGUCCUUUUUAUUAUUUUAUGUAUUAAUUAAGUUUUGUAAUUAAUAUAAAAUUGUUACUAAUCUACAUAUGCAGCAAUUAUCAUUAAGGAUGCCUUAAAUUUCGCGCCACAAUUUUAAUUGGCGGAGAAGUCGUCCCCAAGCGUUCACGGCUUCUAUGCGCACGAACGAACGCGCAGAACAAUGAGGUAGCAGCCAUUUUAUGUCGGUGCCCAAGAAAAACAUAAUUCGAAUGGCCAAUCUUAACAAAAUUGUGUAAUUAGUGCUCUAAUUUAUGUGUUUCUGCACACGCCACUAUUUAUAGGUGUUUCGUUACUUAACAGGUGGUGGUUGAGGAUGGGGCUCACAACAGGUCGCCAUUAGUUUCCCGGCACACUGGGGCGUGGGCGUCGGGGGAGUGGCGCGGGGCGUGGGGGUCCCCGUGCCGCCCCCCGGCGACCUACUCGCCACAAUAUCCAUGUUCGAACAGCAGAUCAAGGCAGAGCCUAUGAGUUUUUACCAACAUCCCCACGUGAACACUGGCCCCCCGACAAUAGUCCGCUCCGAUUCGAGCCAUGGUAUCAUCAGCUUGAACCCUCACCACCAGGAAGACUCAAAGGACAGCCUCUCAAUGCAGCAGCAAGUGCAGCACCAGCAGGAUCUGCUGGAGCAGCAUCAGCAGCAGGAGUUGCAGCACGAUGAUGAAGUUGACAAUUUGAGCUUCAAAGGCAUGGAAGAUGAAGGUGUUGAAAUGGAUAUGGAUGGGCGGCAGUGUUCUCAGCAGGGUAUGGGAGUUGACAUGGGAUCAGUACAAACAAAAAUGGAAGUCUCAAACGGACAAGGCAUACCCCGAUCAAAGCCACAAGCGUGCAAGGUAUGCGGCAAGGUCCUGUCAUCAGCUUCGUCGUAUUACGUCCACAUGAAGCUUCAUUCAGGGAAUAAACCCUUCCAGUGCACGGUGUGCGACGCGGCGUUCUGCCGCAAGCCGUACCUCGAAGUGCACAUGCGCACGCACACCGGCGAGCGGCCGUUCCAGUGCGACCUUUGCCUCAAGCGCUUCACGCAGAAGUCCAGCCUCAACACGCACAAACGCGUCCACACCGAUGAGCACAUGCGAGCUCUGAUGGUGAAGGAGCGGCCCUACAAGUGUGAGCUCUGUCAGAUGCGCUUCACGCAGAGCUCCAGCCUCAACCGACACAAGAAAAUACACACGGAGGAGCACAGACGAGCCCUGUUAGAGAAAGUGCGGCCGUACCAGUGCCACAUCUGUUUUAUGCGCUUCACUCAGAAGUCCAGCCUGGGCCGACACGGAAAGAUACACACCGAGGAGCACAUCCAAUCGCUGAUCAACAAAGUGCGCCCCUAUCAGUGCGACAUCUGUGACAAGCGGUUCACGCAGAAGUCCAGCCUUGGCACUCAUAAGCGUAUACACACCGGCGAGCGGCCCUUCCAGUGCACCGUCUGCCUCAAGUCCUUCACGCAGAAGUGCGCGCUCAAUUUGCACGAAAAGAUACAUACGGUGCAAGGGCGACCUUACACGUGCGGGCAAUGCCCCGCGGCGUUCGCCCGCCGCCCCUACCUGGACAUUCACAUGCGCACGCAUACAGGCGAGCGGCCCUAUCAGUGCGACGCGUGUCUCAAGCGCUUCACGCAGAAGUCCAGCCUCAAUAUCCAUAAACGGACGCACACAGUCCAGGGCAGACCGUUCCAGUGCCUGUCGUGCCCCGCCGCCUUCACCUGCAAGCAAUACUUGGAGAUACACACGCGCACGCACACCGGCGAGCGACCUUAUCAGUGCGACAUCUGCCUCAAGCGCUUCACGCAGAAGUCCAGUCUGAACAUCCACAAGCGGACGCACUCAGUGCAGGGCCGGCCCUUCCAGUGCCUGCAGUGCCCAGCCGCCUUCACGUGCAAGCAGUACCUCGAGAUACACAACCGCACGCACACCGGCGAGCGGCCCUACCAGUGCGACGUCUGCCUCAAGAGAUUCGCGCAAAAGUCCACUCUAAACAUACACAAACGAACGCACACAGUGCAAGGGCGGCCGUAUCAGUGCAUGGAGUGCCCGGCGGCGUUCACUUGCAAGCCGUACCUGGAAAUACACAUGCGCACGCACACAGGCGAGCGCCCCUUCGAGUGCGAUGUGUGUUACAAACGCUUCACGCAGAAAUCUACCCUCAACAUCCACAAGCGAAUCCACACCGGGGAACGUCCUUACGCAUGUGAUAUUUGCCAAAAACGGUUCGCUGUGAAGAGCUAUGUGACAGCGCACAGGUGGUCUCACGUGGCGGACAAGCCGCUCAACUGCGAGCGCUGCUCCAUGACGUUCACGUCGAAGGCGCAGUUCGCGCUGCACAUCCGCACGCACUCCAGCGGGCCGUGCUACGAGUGCAGCGUGUGCGGACGCACCUUCGUGCGCGACAGCUACCUCAUACGGUGACGAGCUUCUAUUGCUAACAAAUGA